AAUUUGAGUACUUUUUGAAUUCUGAUAUCAGAAUGUGAAGGUCUGACUACAGAUUUUAUUCCCAUUGUUUGUUUCUAAAUUUCGCAGAUCUUGCCAUUUGGGAUUGGCCACCCGAAGUUGGAAAUGUUUAAAAGUUAUGGAGCAUUCUGAUUCACAAGAGAUAUCAUGUUGCAGUGCUUAGAGGGAUUUAAGUCUUUACUCGCUUCUGUAUUGCGUUGUUGUGACAUUGAUAUAUAUAACCAGGCAAGAGGCCUUGAAGAUCCUGAACUUCUUGCAAGGGAGACCGUGUUCAGUGUUAGCGAAAUAGAAGCACUGUAUGAGCUCUUCAAAAAGAUCAGCAGUGCUGUAAUCGAUGAUGGGCUGAUUAACAAGGAAGAGUUUCAAUUGGCAUUAUUCAAGACGAAUAAAAAAGAAAGUUUGUUUGCUGAUCGGGUAUUUGAUUUAUUCGACACAAAGCACAAUGGGAUCCUCGGUUUUGAAGAGUUUGCUCGUGCCCUAUCCGUUUUCCAUCCAAAUGCCCCUAUUGAUGAUAAGAUUGAAUUUUCCUUUCAACUAUAUGAUCUCAAGCAGCAGGGUUUUAUCGAACGACAAGAGGUGAAGCAAAUGGUGGUUGCUACCCUUGCAGAAUCGGGUAUGAAUCUAUCGGAUGAUGUUAUAGAAAGUAUAAUCGACAAGACUUUUGAGGAAGCAGAUACAAAGCAUGAUGGCAAGAUUGACAAGGAGGAGUGGAGAAACCUUGUUUUGCGCCAUCCGUCACUUUUGAAGAACAUGACCCUUCAAUAUCUCAAGGACAUCACCACAACAUUCCCAAGCUUUGUAUUCCAUUCACAAGUAGAUGAUACUUGAAGAGCAAGUAAUUAGUUGAUAACUUUCACCUUUGGUUUCUUUGCAUUUGUGCUGUAGAGUCACUUCUCUUUCCUUUUAUUUUUGUUUUAUAUAAAAAAAAAUAUAGUUGGUUGGUUUGUUUACCUUAAAUAUUUGAGUAAGGUAUUUGGUUUGGAGGAUUCAUUUGCUGUGGUUAAACUUUCUCACAUUUUUCAUUAAAUCUUGAAGGCACAUUUGUGGUUCCCAUUUCUCCAUAAAAAAGGAUUUUGCCUA